AUGAAUGGCUCUGAAUCAUUGGAUUAUCAACAAUUAACAAAGGACAGAUUAGUACCUACUCAGCAUGAAAAUCCUUUCCAUAAUCAGCUUUUAAAUCUGCUGGUAUCAGAACCUCUUCCAUCAAUCAUUACUCCACUAGAAACACCAGUUACAGCUCCUCGAAUAAGCGCCAGUAGCUUACCAUCACCACGUACUAAGUCCCAUUCGAAAACUCGACGAUCAAAAUCAUUGGUAUCAUUGGAUAUAAAAGUUAUCAAUGACGCAGUUCUUCAUUGGAAGUCCCUGCUUUCCUCGAAAUUCCCACACUGGUACGUCAAGUCAUCUACAACGAUUGAAGGAGCACCCAAUGAAAUAUAUUAUUCGGUAUUCAAGCAAUGCACCAAAUAUCCACCUUUAAAGCAUAUGCCUCCAGAAGGACUCUUCAACAGCGGUCCCACGAAAAGAGCACAAUUUGAUGCUAUUGUUGAAGACGCAAUAACAGCGAAAGAAGAAUUUGAUAUUGAACCCCAAAUAAUCCCUGCUGGCUCUUCCGGAAGUUAUUUUAUCUAUAGCACUAGCCGCGAGAUUGUCGGGGUUUUCAAACCAAAGGAUGAAGAACCGUACGGUCCAUUGUCUCCAAAAUGGGCAAAAUGGAUCCAUAGAAACUUGUUCCCGUUUUUCUUUGGAAGAAGUUGUUUGAUACCCAAUUUGGGUUAUAUUUGUGAAGCGGCUACCAGUCUUUUGGACCGUCAACUACAGACUCAUAUCGUUCCUUACUCCGAUACUGUUUUCCUAUCGUCACCUAAUUUUUAUUAUAAAUAUUUUACUAGAAGAAAAUACACUGAGCUUGAGCUCCCCAAGAAGGUUGGAUCUUUCCAAUUAUUUUUACACGGGUACAUGGAAGCAGACAAGUUUUUUAAAAAGUUCCCGUUUCCUGGAAGUAAUCAAAGAAACGGACAAGCUAAGUUCCCUGUAUAUGAAUACUUGGAUGAUGAGGGUAUUUCGGAGCAAUUAUAUUUCGAAUGGGCUCCUGGGGUUAUCCAACAAUUUCGAGAAGAACUUGAGAAGUUGGUGAUUUUGGACUACAUUAUUAGAAAUACUGACCGAGGAUUAGAUAAUUGGAUGAUUGGGAUUGAAUGGGUCAAUAGUUUUAACUCGGUCACUGGGGAAGCAAUUAAAACCCCCAAACUUAAAAUAGGUGCUAUUGAUUCUGGUCUUUCCUGGCCUUGGAAACAUCCCGAUGAAUGGCGAUCGUUCCCAUUUGGUUGGUUAUUUCUUCCUUUACAAAUCAUUGGCAACCCUUUCUCUGAAAAUACUAGGAAGCAUUUUUUACCAAUAUUGACUUCGGUAGCAUGGUGGGAAGAAAGCAAAGUAUUAUUCCGUCAGAUUUUUUCCAGAGAUGAUGAUUUCAAAGAGAGAAUGUGGAAAAAACAAUGGGCGGUGAUGAAAGGUCAAGCUUUCAAUGUGGUGGAAUGCUUGAAGAAUCCGAGCGAGGGUCCAUUGGAGUUAGCUAGAAGAACCCGGGUGGUGGUAUUAGAUGAUGAAAUUGAAAUCCCGGUUCAAGUGCCAAUCUCUACCAUUUCUAAGACGCCAAUAGUGAGUGGGGAAAUCAACUCUCCACUUUCAUCUGUACAUUAUUUGAACCCAAGUAAUGUAACUGAUUCUUCGAAAAAGAAAGUUAUGAAGAGUAAAAUUGGUACGAUUCCUGAGCUCGAACACGAUGAAUGUGUCAAUGGUUCAAUAUCAAACAAGGUAUAUGAAGGAUCUCCAAUAGAUGGUAAGUCGAAAAUCCCGAUUUCAUCACUAAUAUCGAUCAACGGGAAAACUGAUGAUGAAGAUCCUUUUGAAGAUAAUUACGAAGUGGAUCUAGAAGAAUUAAAUAUUUUACAAUCUAGCUGGACAGAAUUGCUCCACGGUGUCAUCAGUGACCAAGCAUUCGAAUCGACCAAGAAUCAACAACUUACAAGUAAUGAAAGUGUUACAAAUUGGACACCUCAAAAGCAACCUGGUGCAAUUGAUACAGAUUAUAGAGUGGGUCUUUUGAUGAAAAAGACCCAAGCCACUAAAAGAAUGAUUGUAGAAAAGCUUGAGCCGGUAACCUCUAAACCUCCUCUUUUCACUUGGUGUUAA